AUGGCCCGUCGUCCCGCUCGUUGCUACCGGUACUGCAAGAACAAGCCGUACCCCAAGUCGCGCUUCAACCGCGGUGUCCCCGACCCCAAGAUUCGCAUCUUCGAUCUUGGCCGCAAGAAGGCGACUGUCGAUGACUUCCCUCUCUGCAUCCACAUGGUCUCCAACGAGUACGAGCAGCUGAGUUCCGAGGCUCUCGAGGCCGCUCGCAUUUGCGCCAACAAGUACUUCGUCAAGACCGCCGGAAAGGAGUCCUUCCACCUUCGCGUCCGCGCCCACCCCUUCCACGUCGUCCGUAUCAACAAGAUGUUGUCUUGCGCCGGUGCCGAUAGACUUCAGACUGGUAUGCGUGGUGCCUGGGGUAAGCCCAACGGCACAGUCGCCCGUGUCAACAUUGGCCAGAUCAUCAUGUCCAUCCGUACUCGUGACUCCAACAAGGCUGUUGCCCUCGAGGCCCUCCGCCGCUCCCAGUACAAGUUCCCUGGUCGCCAGAAAAUCAUUAUCUCCAAGAACUGGGGCUUCACCCCUCUUCGCCGCGAGGAGUACCUCGAGAAGAAGGCUGCUGGCCGCGUCAAGGUCGAUGGUGCCUACGUUCAGUUCCUUGCCAACCACGGCUCCCUCGAGCAGAACAUGAAGCGCUUCCCCGAUGCUUUCGCCUCCGAGGCUUAA